AUGAUCACGAUAUUGUUAGUGGGAUUGAUCGCCGGCGUAAGCGCAGCGCCUUCACGGAUCGCCCGCCACCCUCAACAACCACCGUUCGAUGGCAGCUUCGAGACGUACCUCAGACAAGAGUUAUAUGACGCGAUCCUUAACAUUCCUCCAUCCUAUUAUGUAUUCUGUGAGAUGGAGAUAGAGCGCAGCGAGACGCCACAACGUUGUUACAACAUAGACGGAGUAACAGAGACGAUUGAGGGUGACAUGCAUAAGAUAAUCAUACCUGUACCAGGAUUCCAUAAAUAUGACUUUUUUAUGAAGACAACGGAAGGUCAGCUGUUUAUUCAAGCGUUCAGCCACGGUGAUACACGGAGAUUUGUAUUCACGAGGAUGCUUCCGCAAUCUGUAGCAGUACAGGCCACCUGGUCUUAUGAAAAUGACGUCCUUAAUGUCUUCUACCCGGUUGAACAGAACGAAGGCGAUUACAGUAAAAUGUAUACAUACCAGUAGGGUUAUUAUGUAUUUCGGUGUACCAUUCACC